AUGCCGUCGGACGACUCAGAUUUCGAUGAUGUGGGAAUAGGAGGAAUUAGUGGAAAUGGAGGCGAUUUCGACUUUGAACCAGACUCCACCUUGAAUGAAACUCAUACUUACAUUGCCAAUAUGUUGGGGUUAUCGGAUCAAUUACCGAGUUUGAAUCAUGUUUUUUACACAGUGGCUUCAUUAUGUGAUCCCUUUACACAACCAGAAGAAAAUGAGCACUCUAUAUUGAGCCUUGACUGUAUUUCCGACUUGGUAAUUGCAAUAUCUUAUUCUAACUUAAAGUACUCCAAUACAAACAGAGGUGACCUAGCCACAGACGAGGCAAUCAAGAAUCCUGAGCUACAAUCUUUGAAGUUUGAUCUCUCUCUUGCAUACUUUACUAUUUUGCAGGCAAUUUUGGCUGGGUUGAACUGUGACGAUGAGUUGCACCUAAGAUAUGUUAAUAACGACGAGGAGAAUUUCAUAUCCAACUUGACUCAGUGGACUCCCAACUUCAUCACAGAAGAUUAUGAAUUGAAAAUAUGUUAUAGGAUGGCAUGUGUAUUGUUGAUGUGUAUCUAUAAACUAUUCAAACCACCAGUAGAAAAAGACGAAGAUGAUAAUCUUGUGUCUAAGUCUUAUAAUUUGAGUACAAACCCUUACUUACAUUAUUUUAUCAAAGUAUGGAAGUGCCAGACAAACGUAAUACUUUUGGGACUAGAAAUAGAUCGACGGUUGGAAAAAAUGAAUUUAGAGCAGCCAGAGAGCAGUGGGAAAGAAUAUGUAACGCCUUUUAUUGUUCAUGCUACUUUGAAAGGUAGUAGCGCAAUCAGGUAUGUCGUCACUUGGAUUUUGAACCAGAACCCUUCAGUACAGGAAAGUGAAUCAGAGGACAUCAAAGACUCGAUUACAGGUGGAGUGGAGACAGAGAAGGCAGAAGAAGUUGGUUCCUUACCAGACAUAAAUAAAAAUGGUUUUUCUGAUUCAGAAUAUGAUAUUAAAUGUGAAUCCUUACUCAAUUUUAUCCACCCAUUGGCAAGGAAGAAGGUAAAUGGAGGAGCAUUACUGAUCGAUAUGAGAUUUGUGGUGAUUGCAUUAUUGAUAGUUAAUUCAGGAUUCUCAAUGCGUAGUAAGGCACUUUACGUAAUAUCAAAGGCAGACUGGGAUGAAGAACGCUAUCAAAACCAAAACAAACCAAUAGCAGAACUAGGCGAUAUUUUAAUUGACUUAGAAUACGAGGAUAGAUUUGAUGAGGAUAUUCGAUACAUAUUUGACUGGGAAGGAGAAUGGGAGGAUGAAGACGAGGAGGAUGAAGGGGAAGGUGAAGAGGAAGAAGUUGAUAAAGAUGGCCGAGAAGGGGAACAAGCCGAGAGCAUAAAGAUAAAAACCGUGAAUGAAAAAACUAUAGAAGAGAAAGAGGACAAAAUAAAAAGUCAGGUGAGUAAUGAACAGAAUGGUAGUGAGCCAAAUGGAUAUGUUGUAGAUGACUCCAAAAAGGAAAUAAGCAAAGCAGCAAGUGAAGAGCAUUCUGAACGAUUCUUCCAACUCAAGGAAUUAUUAAAGAAGGGUGAUCUUGAUGCAGAUGAACUUCAAAAUUGGUUAGAAGAAGAUGCAAAAGUGAACCAGACACUUUCACAAGAAAAUAACUUAGGGAAUGGGGGGAUUCCUCGAAUUUCAACUGCUGUUCGUUCAGAAGAAACGAUUGAGUACGAUGAUCUUGGACGUGAUUGGAGAGAUCACGCCCGAGGAGAAAAUACAAAAUUCAGAGAAUGGUUUCUCGAGACUCUCAAGACAUAUGAUAACCUCUCAGCAAAAGAAAAGGAGGAUCCGGACGAUUUUUUCUCAUCUUGGAAGGAGUUUGAGCAAUGCUUGGAAUUCCUUUUACUUCUGGGAAUUGAGAGCAAUGAAGAAGGAGAUGUUGAAGCAGAGAGGAAAAUAGGCCAGAGUGUCCUAAACACAAUAGCAAAAGCAAUAAAGGACGAGGAAUCGCUGAAGGAAAAUAACACAAACACAAUUACCCCAGAUAAAAUAUAUAACUAUUGGUCAUCUCUUGCAACUGAACUGGAAAUAGCUAAAACGCAAGACAACAACAAGUUGAUAAUUCCAAUUUUUGGAAUAACGAAAUUCGAGCUUUUACUUCAUAACAACGGUAAACUUACUCUGUGCAUGUUAGAUGAAAUGCUCAUGUGUAAAGGUUAUCGAAGAGUACUUAUAUGGUUCAUUACACACAACGUUAACUUAUCGCCGCCAUUGAUUAACUAUGUAUUUGAACUCUUGGUUGGAUUGAGAGGUGGAGAAAGUGAAAAAUUGAAACCGUACAAAUUUAGUAGAGAAGGACCUAAAAUUGUUUUAAGCGAAAUAGAAGUUCUGAUGCUCUUACAUGAGUUCAUUUCGACCAGUGGUCUCUAUUUGUUGGCAACAAAAGAUGGAGUGGAGACUUUCUAUGGUUACAAAAUUGUCCUUCUGGAUUCCAUUGCUCGGAAAUACCUGACUUUGAUGUGUCUUUUGAUAGACCUGUUAAUCAAUGUUGGUGUAAUUGACUUGAGUGCUCCACAAAAAGAUGGUGACGUAUAUGAUUAUACAUAUAACUUGCAAUUUUUCCUUAUAACCUGGAUCAGUAAGCUUCCAGAAGCAAGGACUUUAUUUUUCAAGAUCAAACAAGCAAGAGGACUAGCUGGGGAAGUCGAAGGUGAAACAGCCAAUUCAGGUGCGGUAACCGACACUCCUCCUUAUACAAUAGACCAACUUAACUCAUUUGUCAAAUUUAUUGAGCCUCUUUCCAUGCAAGAGAUCAAUGAUCACUUGACUAGUAACUCGGAACAUUUCAAGUUAUUGAAGGAUUAUUCCAGUAACCUAGAAGUUCACAUUAAGUGGUUAUUGUGUCAAAAUGAUAGGGACAGAGAAUUUGUUAAAGAAGUGAUUGGACCUAAAUCAAGUUUGACCUCGAUGCAAGAAGAUUUCCAAUUCUUUUUAGAGAAUUUUAAUACGUUGUGUAAAAUAGACUUUUUAGCUGAGUUUUUGUUUAGAAAAGUCGAGAAGAAUAUCCAAACUGGUCUGAUAUUCACGCCAUUAGAAGUUGAAGUUGCGGAAGGGAUCACUCGGCUGAAUAAUGGAGCAGUCACCACGAUUGGAGAAGAAAACGAAGACUCUGAAUUCAAUGGUCACUUCUUAGAUGGCAUUGGACAGUUUAGUGAAUCGAACGAAAAAGGGGAGGAGCCUAGCGGGAAGAAGAAAAAAAACAAAAAAAAGAAGAAGGGAAAGAAAAAAUAA